CGUAAGGGAAUCUGAUUGUAAUUUGUGAAUGGGUGGGUAGUUUCUGGAGGUGAAAUGUCAGAGUUCAGGGAUGACACGGCGGUUCGCGAUGGGGACGGAGGCAGGAUUCGCAGUCUCACUGAUAAACAAGAAAUUGGGUGCGGGGGACCCACUUGCUCUGCACAUUGAAGCCGUCAAAGAAGGUGAGGAGCCCAUCAGUUUCGGCCCCAGCUCCGCCCUCGUCGACUACGGCAGUGGCUGGCGGUUGCAGACCGUUACCCAGCUGGAUUCUCCUGAGUUUGGAGGUGGAGAAGGGGUUGUAAGGCCAAGGGCAAUGCCAGUUCCUGCUGUAACGGCCAAACUUUCACAGUUGAGUUCAUCCAUCAGCUGCCGAAUACUGAAACUUAAUCAAAAUUGUAAAUUGCAGCCACAGCAUGAUGCGUCUACUACAAGCAGUGGUGUUGCAAUAGACAGCCUUUUGGACACCACAAAUGAAUUCAUCACUGAUGAGGUAUUCAAGAAUCGAGAAGAAUUGGUCAAUUGGAUUCGUGUACAAGGACGGAGUUGCGGUGUAGGGGUGGUCAUCAAGAGGUCAGAUGCUGCUGGAAAAAAUAGAUUACGACGAGCUAGAAUUAAUCUUUGUUGUGAGCAUAGUGGAUACUAUACAAAGAAGUCUGAUGUAGAUUCAGAUGGCCAAGCAGCGAUGAGUUUCAAUGCAGAUAUAGAUCAUCGGAAGAGAAAGCGCCCUAAGGCCACAGAGUUUGGUUCUCGAAACGUAUGGACUGAUUGCUGUCUUUGCAUUUCCUGUGCAAACUUAAGCUGCAAAAUGUUCUGAGCUUUGAAAAUUUUCAUCGGCGUGAGCUAUUGGCACGUAAACUGCCUACUCGAAUGAGUUGUGUGAUCGGCCAUAAAAUACGUAAACAACCACUCAUGUUAGCAGCGAUACAGUACGGCAACACGCGCCCGUGUCCGCCCUGAAAACGAAACAGUAUAUGGCAUUGUACAAGGAAAGAACAUUUAGGUCUCGUUUGACACUUAGUAUAAAACACCGGAUUGUAUUAUAUAGUCUUUGAGUCUUUGAGAGAUUGAA